AUGGAGCUUGAGCUAGAGAAUAUGGCCCCUGAGCCCGCAACCGACAGAACCAGCAUUGACAGAGCAAACGCGCUUCUAGCACAGACUGAUACCAAUGAAGUCCAGAGGUUAAAAGCUGAAGCGACCAGCAUUCUGGGAGAGAGACACGCUAGUCUGGUUGGCAUGAAUGCAAUCGACAUUUUAAGGGUUAUCGGAAAUCUAACGACACGAAUCCCCGCGGCGCAACAAGAAGUCACCGAGCUCUGUAUAUCCAUUGCUUACCCACUACUCAUUCUACAAUGCCGCUCACUCGCAAAGAUGUUGACAUCUUUAUCAACCUUCGAUGACCAAGGCAGCGUUCCGGAUAUUUCCUGGUACUCGCAACAGCAGACAACAUUGGGCAGGCUAAGCCGAGACUUCCAUUGGUCCUACACCUGGAAAGCAGCAUGGAUUGAUGUUUUUAAUCGUUGGAAAAUAAAAGUCGAGGACUCGUCUUGGCUUAGCGCCAGGAUCGAUGGCAUGCGCAGCCAAAUAGCCGAGAUAUCGCCAAUCUUCAUUUCCAUCAAAGCAGCUUUCAGUCAGAUUACCAUUGUGACUGGGAUAUCUUUUGAUGAUGAAGUAAAUAAUAUUGAAAACACAUUCAAAAUGUUCGAGACGUAUUUGGACCAGUGCGCAGCGAAAGUCGACGAGCUAAGUAUCGAAGAGCGAUCGAAACAUCUGUCACCGUUGUCAAAUCCUCCUCGGGCCCAAUCAUGGACGAGUGGUGCCAAUGUUUCAUCUAGCGGAAUUGCACAGAGGACAUCGUUUGGAAAGCGUGCUACUAUUAUUAGCAACCAACCAGCGGUCCAAACCAUGGACAAGUUUCAAACGCGAUGGGCCCAGGCGACAAGUCUCUUUGGACCUCUCUUUCAACUUGCUAAAUCACCCGUCCUCAUUAUCCUGGCCGUGGCCAUGCCAUUCACGAUAUACUCCACCUAUCUCUGCGAGACUCCAGACGACCUGCCCGUGGUAGACAGCAAUUUCUGGUCGACGUUAAGCCAGUGCAUUGCCGGAUUCGCAGGGCUCUACGUAGUUAUUAGGCCGAUGCUCAGCACUAGUCAGAAGGAUAAGAUCCGGACGGAAUUCCCGAAGGUCUUCUAUACGAUGCUAGUAUUGUCACUGACAACCAGCAUCGCGAGUGUCUUGGCUUACAUUUGGAGCCCACCGGCUAGCAUUCCACUGGCUUAUGUAUCCGGAUUGGCGCUUAAUCUUGCAACAUUGCUGAUUAUCAAAGACUCGGGUAAUCAAAUAAAGGAGACUAAUAGAAUGAAUGAACAUCUAGAAGGCGAAGUAGACGACUUAAAAGGUGAAGUCGUCGGCUUAGAGACAGAGCUUGCUGGAUAUCGGACGAGGAGAUAA